GAUAUUUUAAUUAAUUUUGCAUUUGAAUAUUAACUGUGUGUAGGUAUAUAAGUUAUCAAAAUGCCAGCUCAGGUAGAACAGAAGACUAUUGAUCCCGAAGCUGAACUAAGCAAUGUCCAGCGGACGUUUCAAAAACUGGCGCCGAUGUGCAGCGUGGAGAAGCGAGCUGGUGGUAUACCUCAGCUGGCGCCGCAGGAGAAACAACUUGGGAUCCUCGCCAGCGAACUCAAGGAGACAUUGCUGUGCAUCAACUUAGCAAAGAAAGGUCAGCAUGCCCUUCGCGACAGCCAAGUGAAGAGCGGGAUGAAGAAGUCGAUCGUGGAAUACGAGCACCUGGAGACGAUCCUGAGGGACGAGCGAGCCCAGCAAGCGGAGCUGGACUGCCUGAACUAUUUGGCCCAGAAACAACUCGUGGAGUUGAUGAAGAAAGUGCCGACGGAGGCCGAUGAGCUAGCAAUGAUAGAGAACGCCAAUAAUUGCCUACGGCGCAUGGAAAACCGGCUUGAUCUAGCCACGAAAAGGUUUUGUGUGGUCAACUCUGACAACAAGAAAGUGCGAGAGGAAAUACACAGACUGCUUGUUGAAAGAAACGACUUCAACAUCCAAUGGAACCGUACCAUCGGAAAGCUGGUGAAGGGUAAGGAGUACCUGAUGGAUAUCUUCGAGAUAGCCGCCGUGGCCUUCGGGGACAGGGACGAGUGUUGCAGGAAGCUGGAGGCGCUGAAGUGGAAAGGACUGUUCCAGCUGAACAGGGAUAUUUCGGAAAUGCAAUCGUACGAAGGCGAGCUGAACCACCUGGCGAAGCUCGAGGAGUUCCUUCGAGUGAAGGGUUCAAGAAGGAUCUGCGAGGCUGAUGAGAAGGAGGAGAUCAAACGACAGGAGGAAGUGCAACGUUGCGAGAACGAAAUAGCUAGAUACGACGCCCUACUGGAAGCUAUCUUUGCAUACGUGAACACAGAGAAGAUUUCAGCGAUAAUAACCACUUUCAAGCGGGUGGAAAUUGAAAAUUUCUCCACAUUCGUGCUGCUGUGCGAAGUCCUCCAGGAGUCUAUCAUCCUGCGACGGGAGCUGGAGAUCUUGAGGCAGAGGAUAUUGGACCAACGUGACAUCAACGAAGCACGGGAAGAGCAACAAGUUAAAAAGCUGACUGAGCUGACGGCGGAGCUGGAUGCCCAGCGCAUCAGGACCCGAGAAAUGCACGAGCUAAAUAUAAGCGCAGACGCAACCAUCGCCAAAGUGCUGAAAGGAAUAGACGACUUGGUCAGAUUAGCGAAAUGUGACGUGACACCAUUGCUGUCCCUACUCGGGAACCACAAGGAGGUGACGAAGUGGAAUGUGCCCAAGUUCCUCCGUAUCUUGGAGACGGAAGUCAAGAGCCUCAUUGAGGUUUGCUACGGAGCUGUGAAGCCUCCUGCGCCGACGCCUAAAGGACGAAAGGGCCCCGCCGCACCGCCGCCGACCAAACUGGUGGCUGAUCCGUUUGUGACCACGCUCAAGCCUAACAAAAUCGAGAAAUUGGUGCCUUACCAGCCGUGCGCUUAUUGCGUUGAAGACUACAUAAUGAAUCUGGUCUUCGAGACCCCAGCUGUACCAGCAGACAAGGAGUACGUUCAGGGAAUAUUCCAACUGGAGGAUAUAAAUACAAAGUUUGGAAUUUACACGCUUACAAUUCCAGCAAAACGCCAUCCAUACCGCGGGAAGAAAGACUGA